AUGAGCCGAGGAGUGGUGUUGACUUGUCGUCGGACUGACGACCUGACAAGCCAGAGGUACAGCUUUGAUGAGGUCCGUCGAGUGGUAUGCCCACAGGAAGGAGAUGACAUUUUUAGCGAAAAUGAAGUCAGUCGUUUUCAGGUAUUCCUGGGAUCAGAUUCAGGGGCUGAAAUGCUACAAGGUCACUGGAAUGCAAGUUGGAAUGGCCGAUGUGGUGGUAUGCCGAUUUGCAUACAGCAGCUGCCCGUCCCGAGUGGUUCGCCCCAGCUAACGGGCACAACGGAGCUGGGCAAAAAGGGUCACGACAGAGACGCUGCAGAUGAGCAGACGAGAAGUGAGGAUUUACGGAACUCGAACCAAGAGCGAGUGGUAGGGCGGUGUAGUGGUGACGAAGUGGCAAUUACGAGAAUAGGCAAUCGGUUAUGGUGA